AUGUUGUCAAUUUUUUCGCUCGUUUUUGAUUGUGUUUCUGUCCUAAACCUUAUUUCUAGGUAUUAUCUUCGUUUCCUGGACCCACAUAACGAGAAUGCUCCAUUUUCACGAGAAGCUGCGUUUAGAAUGCCUGUAGACAUCUAUGUCGGUGGAAUAGAACACGCUGCUGUACAUAUGUUCUUUGCUCGCUUCAUCUCCUACUUUUUGACGGAUAUAGGCCUGACAUUAGAACCUGAACCAUUCCGAAAUCUCAUACCACAAGGAAUUGUACGAGGGAGAACUUUUACCACCUCUGAUGGAAAAUAUGUGCCAAAAACGGAAGUGAUGUUGAAAGACAAAAAAUAUUUCGCAAAGGACGGCACUGAGCUCACUAUGGUCUAUGAGAAAAUGAGCAAGUCGAAAGGAAAUGGUGUCGACCUACUAGAUGUUCUCAAAACCAAUGGAGUUGAUAUGACUCGCCUACAACUUCUGGAUUCUGCAGCACCUCGGCAACCCAUAAACUGGGGAGAAUCAGAUCUGAAAGGCUUGAAGAAAUGGCUUGAUCGAGUAGCAUGGAUUGUUUCUGCUUAUGUAGAGCAGAGGAGAAAGGUUGUAGAAGCCUCGGAUAGUGCUGAGAUUGAUCCGAAAAUUGAAGAGAAUCUGCGCGAAAGUUACAACUUCUUUGUUAGGAAUGCGUCGAUGUGCUUGGAAGUUUUGAAUUUGCAUAAUACUGGUCUAGCUCGCCUCCAAGGAUUCACUAAUGCACUCAGGAAAAUGGACUCGUCCGUGUUCGGAAACAGUCCUGAAGCUGAAAGAUGUAUCUAUGCUUUGAUAACUAUGAUGCAGGUUUACACCCCCAACUGCGCCGCUGAGUUAUGGGCAGCUCUUCGAUCUGUGCCACCUAUUAAAGUCCAUGUACCAACUAUCAAUCGGGUAGAUGAAAUGCUAUGGCCGCAAGUGGAUUCCGAUUGUGAUAUUGACUUCAUUCUUACG